UCGGAGAUGGAAGCGCCUGCUGCGUCCGCGCACGCGCCGGCGGCGGCCGCUGAUCAGCAGGAGGAGUCGUCGGCGCCCGCGGUGCCGCCAGCCGCAGGGAGCGAGGAGGCGCAGCCGGCCGCCGCGGCGGUGCCGGCGCUGUACGUGGGCGAUCUGCACGAGGACGUGGCGGAGGAGCACCUGUUCGACGCCUUCAGCAAAAUCGGCACCGUCACGUCCGUGCGCGUCUGCCGCGACAACGCCACCAGCAGAUCGCUUAGAUACGGAUACGUGAACUACUUCUCCCGGGCUGACGCUGUGACGGCUCUUGAAAAACUAAAUCAUAGCUUGGUUUUGGAUAAGCCAAUAAGGGUGAUGUGGUCGAACCGGGAUCCAGAUGCCAGGAGAAGCGGUGUCGGUAAUAUUUUUGUUAAGAACCUUAGUGAUUCCGUUGACAAUGCCAGCCUUCAAGAAUUGUUCUCCAAGUUUGGAGAUGUUUUAUCUUGUAAAGUUGCCAAAAAUGAGGAUGGGACUAGCAGAGGUUAUGGGUUUGUUCAAUUUGCAUCACAAGAAUCAGCAGAUGCAGCAAUUGAGAACCUCCAUGGCUCCCUUUUCAAUGAUAGGAAAUUGCACGUUGCUACUUUUGUUAAGAAAAGUGAACGAUCUGCAUAUAAUGAUGACAAGUACACUAACCUAUACAUGAAGCAUCUCGAUGAUGACAUAACAGAGGAACUUGUUAAAUUGAAGUUCUCUCAGUUUGGUCCAAUAGUUAGUGUGAAGAUUAUGAGGAGACCUGAUGGGUCAUCUAUGGGUUUUGGGUUUGUUAGUUUCCAAAACCCUGAAAGUGCCAUUAAAGCACAAGAGACCAUGCAUGGGAUGCUAAUUGGAUCAAAAGCUUUAUACGUGGCGAGAGCUCAAAAGAAGGAGGAAAGGAAACAAUAUUUGCAGCGUUUACAUGAGGAGAAAAGAAAUGAAAUAAUAAAUAAGAGCAAUGAAUCAAAUGUCUAUAUCAAAAACAUUCAUGAUGAAGUUGAUGAUGACACUCUUCGUGCACGGUUUGAUGAAUUUGGUAACAUCACAUCGGCAAAGGUUAUGCGUGAUGAUAAGGGCAUCAGUAGAGGCUUCGGUUUUGUAUGUUUCAGUACCCCUGAGGAGGCAAAGAGUGCCGUAAGCAGCAUGCGUGGUGUUAUGUUUUAUGGAAAACCGUUGUAUGUUGCUAUUUUUCAAAGAAAAGAGGAGAGGCGAGCCAAACUGCAGCAACAUUUUGCUCAUAUUGCCAGAAUGGUUGGACCUGCAAACUCUAUGAUUCCCACAGGAUAUCCACAUGUAUAUUUUGCCCAUCCAAGUACACAUCUCCCUCAAGGUCCUCCAAGACAUGGAUUUGUGUAUCCACCCAUGGGGCUCGGUCACGAAUGGAGGCCAAACAUGUUUCCCUCACCACCUAAUAUCCAACAAAUACAUUCACCCAUGAUGCCAAAUUCGCCAAGGCAUUACAGAAGUAACAGGGGAAGGAUGGGUGGGAAUAUGAUGCCUCUUCCCCAUACCGUUCAUGCUGUAAACUAUAUCGCACAUGCACCACCAGCUAAAGAUUUCAUGUCUAUGCCCCGACAGAGAUUCAGCCAUCCAAAGUACUUCUCAAAUGAUGUUAUGGCCAACGGUUUGACCAUUCAUCAUGGUGACCCUGUGAAUGAUUCUUUCAGCAGCUACCUGGCUUCUGCUCCACCGGCGGAACAGAAGACCAUGCUUGGGAACAGGCUCUAUCCGCUCGUUGAGAGACACCAACCUGAACUCGCGAGCAAAAUCACUGGGAUGCUGCUGGAGCUGGACAACUCUGAGGUGGUUGCCCUGCUUUGCUCGACGGAGAUGCUGUCGGCCAAGGUGGACGAGUGCGUGCAGCUGCUCCAUGCUACAAAACCCAAGACCGAGGAUCAGGAGGCGCUACACCCGGGCUUCAUGCUGGAAUCUGCUGGUGUGAACGCCAAUUGAAGCUUGGCUGCUUGCUUUUGUGUGAUAGGGAUGGUAACUAGCUGCUGCGUUCU